CAGCUCUGGCGAGUAAGUGCCUGACCCGACACUAGAUUGAUACUAGACGUUGUACCAUUACGACGACUACUGCAAUAGAAAAGAUGAACUUGUCUUCUACCUGAAGGGAAUAUACAAUUAGAUAUAUUCUGGCUGUAGUAUCCCUUUAAAUUCAUAACGGUUGUCUUCAGUACUCGACAGACAAAGACGACUGUGGAAGAGACUUCGUUAUUUUUCCUCAAAGGUUGUUUUUUAAACCUUUCUGGUUUUUUUGAACGACCUUGUUGGUUUUAUUUUUAUUUUUUUGUAGUGAGGGGACUAAUAGACCGGACAGCAAAGUGGAUUUAACGGGUGCGUCGCUGCCUUCCACUUGAUCUCCAAGAUGCUAUUGGUGUCUCCGCGGUUAGUCGACACACCUCGCAUGGAGCCCAUACUGUCUGGAUCACUGAAGAGGAGGCUGACUGCGACUGAGGGGGCCCACCAGGGGGGCUUACGGCAGGGCCAAGGGCCCGGUAAUGGCCCUGGUCUGGGUCUGAACGGUACCUCCGACGGUUCUUCCAUGACCCAGGGGCCCGGGGGGCCCACCAAGCGACUCUGCCUGGAGGAUGUGACCCUCGCCAUGGGUACCAGCUUCCAGCAGAACUCUUACUCUGGAGGACCCAGUCCUGGAGGUCAUGGAGGUCCUGGAAGUCAGGGGUCACUUGAAGGUAACAGGCUGGGGAAUGGGAACAACGGGCUAGGGUCACCCUACUCUAUGCCCCCUAAGGCGAGUCCUGGGUCUGGGGGGCCUGGAAGUGUUGGUGGAGGAGGACAAUUUCACCCCAAUGGAAGCUCCUCGUCGGCCCCAUCGGUUGAGCAGGAGCUCCAGGAUAUUCUGGAUGAGUUGACCAAGAACCCAGAUCCUUCUCUGCAGGAGUUGGAUCUGGAUAAGAUACUGGGGAAUAAAGAGGAGCAGAAUCAAGGAUCAGGGCCGGGGUACAUCCACCCACAUUCGCCCAAACGCUCCCCCCAGAGAACCACAUCUCACCUGGAGAGCCACCUCACCCACUCCCCAGGCUUUCCACAGGCAGGGUCUCCCCAAGUAGGCCCGAGUCUGGCCGGAGCCCCCUACUCCAUCCCCCACCCCUCCAAACCCGUUCCCUCGCCUCUCUCGGCUUCACCACACCAUUCCUCUUCAUCCCAGAACCAAGCACGUUCUCCGAUGUUAUCCGCCGCCCUCUCCUCUCGACCCGGGUCUACUUGGCACGAGGUAUCGCGAGCUCAACAGCUCCAGCAAAUGGCGUCCAACUCCAACAAACACCUUUCCUCCAACACCCCUAUCCCCCAGAACCAGACCCAGAAUCAACCCCAGACCCAGGCCUCUAUGCCUCCUCUAUCCCAGCAAGGCUCACCCUGGGGUGGGCAGAAACUCCCCAACUCCUCCCCGCUCCACCAACAACCAUUCAGCCCGGCUGGAAGCAUUCAAAGCCCCCAGGGUUCAAUGUCAAUCUCCAUCCUGGCUCCAGCUCCGUCUGCAGGGCCUUCACCACCCUACCGCCCAGAUAAGCUAGGCAGUCCGGCUCUCGCCCAACCCCCCUUUAGCCCACAGAGUACCCUUCUACCUUUAGGAAACACCAGCACAUCCAGCACUUCAUCCAACAUCCAGGGGUCACAAGCCAACUACAUGCCCAGUGGAGGUGCACCAACAUCAGGCGUCACAAGACCAUCUCCCCCCUACCGAACUGACAAGCCUCACCAAAGCCCGGCACUCCAGUCCCAGCAUCAACCUCAACCCCAGAACCAACCCCUACCCCUACCCCAAACCCAACAACCACAUCCAUACAGCACCCAGAACGGGUCAGGACCCAACAACAACAUCUCGAGUCAGCUCUACAAAGCCAUGACGGCUGGUCAACCCAGCAGCCUCAAGCUACUCAUGCAACAGCAACAACAUCAACAACAACAACAGCAACAUUCAAACACGCAACAGCUACAGACGAACGCCCAACUGGGCCAACACCCAUCCAUGUCCAAACCAUGUGGUGGUGGAGUCCCGCACCAGGAACCCUCAUAUUCCUUCACCAACACCAAGCCCCUCCGCCAUUUUGACCUGGACCCCCAGCAGAAGAUGGGAGGAGGGGGUGGACCCCCAAUGGGCCCUGGACAGGGUGGACCCCCCAACCCCAUGGCUGGUUACCGUGGAAUGCAGCAUGGUGGUGCAGCCGGAACACCAGCGUCAGUAGCAGCGAACCAUGCCCAUCUAUUGCAACAGAGGAUGCAGCAGAGAGCAGCAAUGCAGCAGGCCGCAGCAGGAAUCAUGGGGCCACAACACUGUAGAGAGGAGCAGACCCCAGGCAUGGUCUCUCGUCUCCAGGACCCCUCAGUCCCCCGUCCAACCCAGACCACCACCAACUACAACCUGCUGCUGAAGAGCCAGCUCAUGAGGAAACACCUUCAACAGGAGCAGAAGAGGCAGAUGGAGCAGAUGAACGGACCACAGAUGGCUGAGUGUCAGCAGGGGCCACCGUUUACAGGUGGUGGUCGGCCUCUCCCCCCAGAUUGUGGUGGUGGCGGAGGCUACCCCAUGGGCGGUCCCCAGCUAUCCCACGGAGGUCAACUCCCUUCUGGGCCCGGCCGCCUCUCCCUUCCCCCUGGCCAUCCAGGCCACCCCGGACCCCCAGGAUCUCUCACCCAAGUGGGCCGCCCAAUAGGAGGCUUCAUGGGUGGGCCUCCAGGUUCCAAGCAGUCCCUCUACCACCCUCCACAGGUGGGUGAGUUUGUUGGUGCCGGUGGUAUGCCAAUGAGACAACCACAGUUACCGCACGGCAUGAUGGGAAUGGGCGGUCUGGCUGGUCCUCCAAGGCCAGGGAUGCAGCAGCAGGUGUCCAGGACAGGGAUGACAAUAGGGGGGUCGGGGCCCGGGUCGGGGUUACCACCUGGUCACCCCCAGCACCCACAGCAUCUACGCCAGGCUCUGCAUCAUGGUGGUGGAGGGGCGCCACUCCCACGAAUGAUGUUCACCGCCCAGCAAGCUCAUCAACAACAACAACAGACUGCAAUGUGGCCUCCGCAGCAACAGGGGGGGAUAGUGAACGCCCUGCAGCAGUGCAUGCCUUGCGGUGACUCCCACAUGGACCAGUCGGCCAAUCACCAGCAGCCGCGUGGGCAUGUUUUUCCUGGAGGGGGCGGGGCCUCAAACGGAAGUUGCGGUCAGAACCCUAACGCCCAGUUUACCCAGCAGGCAUUGCGGUCGGGGAUAACCGGGGGCGGUGGGAACAAUUUCGCCCCCCACCAAGGACCUCCGUCGUUACCCUCCAACCAGGUGGUCGGGGUGCCUUCCUUACCUAGCAGACUGAUGCAGAAGCUGGGUGUCUCCGUGGCAGGGCAGCCCCUACCCUCCAUGGUCCACCAGGGGCUCCAGGCCGGUAUGCGACCCAGGGGACCCCUCUCUGCCCUGGCCGGGAUGAAGCCCGGUCCUCUUGGUAUGAUCCACCCAGGCCACGGCAUGGCCCCACCAAGCUACCCUGCCUCUGGGGCCACCAUCGCAAAGCACCCGCACUCUCAUCCACACCAACAUCAACACCCCCAUGGGCCUGGAUAUGGACCAGGACAGGGGAACCCCGGACACAAGCUACCCCCAUAUGAAUACAGUCAGCAGGGGCAGAGCAAUGGGGGGAUGGGGGGUAGGCCGGGAGGAGGAGGGGAGGUAGACUUUAUUGACACUCUGGUGGGGUCCAAUGAAGACUGGCUGAACAACCUGACUAUGAUAGACGAGUACCUGGAGCAGAACUCAUAGGAGGGGGGUCAAAUGUGAGAGAUUAUAGUUCAGGGGUUAGGGGUCAGUUUGUUGACCUCUCAGCUGUAUAGAAGUGAUGUGGUUCUGGGGUGUGACAGGGAAAGGGGUUAUUACAGGCUUAUGAAGGUUUAUAACAAGGUGUGUACCUUUCUAGAAGCUUCUACCUGAGUGGACGUUUUUGAAUGAAUGUGAUUGGUUCCAUUAUGGUUCCACUCCCCCACAAGUCCGCUGUCCAAUAUCAUCGGUUGCCAUUUUGGAAAGAGGGAAUGGCCCUAAACGGAACACAGGGAACAUAUGGAUCCUCAUAAUGCUGGGAAACAGAAGCUGAAGCUUAACUCCAAAGAGCUAGCAGCAGAGUAGUAAACUAGAGUAGCAGGAGUAAAAGAGCGAGAUGCUCCAGAUUCUGGUCCUGACAAGAAAAACUCCACCGACAGUACAUUUUAUCUUCUGCUGUUCGACCUAUCCAGUAAAUGUGGAGGAGGAGUGAAGAUGGAGUGUCGCCUCGUUAACGUCCUAAAGCGGAAGUCGCGUCACAGGCGUAUUUAUCUGGUUUUAGUCUGGUCCGCUGAGGGUGGCAGAGUAGUGGAGUCCAAACAUUUUCAUUGGCUGUUUCUGUGUCUGUUACUCGGACAGUGGACUAAGGAAGUUAUUUGAAAUCCUCUCCCCUGUAGGGAUUUCUCCUAACAAAGGGAUAGGUGUAUAAAACACACUGUGAUUGGAUGAAAUCAAUGUCCUCCAGCAUGCAAUUGGUCCAAUGUUUUUCAGUGCAAUGUUGUGGUCUGUACUAAAUUGAAUUUUGUUUCAAAGUAUUUUGGUGUGAUUUGGAAGCACAGCGAAAAAUAAAGAUUCCAGAUUAACCAAUCCAAUCCAAUCCUGCUCUCACAUAAUGUCUUUGAGCCAAUCGAAUAUGAAUAUACAGGGAAAGACAGCCAAUCCCUGAUGAGUUUGGGGUAAUAUCUAUCACUGAUUGGCCAAAGGAACUACAGAGAUGGUCUGCCAUUGUUUCCAUGGUAAAUUGUCAUCACUAUUUUGAUCGUGAACGGGGGAGUGUGGGGGCUUGUACAUAGUAAACUAUUUUGUAAAAUAUGUUUUUGGUAAACUGUAUCAUACACAAAAGAGAAGUACACAUAUUUAUACUUCUUUUCUGCAGCGUAAGUCUACAGAUUCCCUUUGUACAUAAAUGAUCCCCAAAUUAUAAACAAACACACAUAAAUGCUGCAAAAAACAUUGAAAUUAUAGCUCACAAAAUAAAAUCUGUUUUACACUAGAAUAACCUUAUUGUAAUUUGUUUGAAAUAUGCAAGACAAUACAAUUAGUGUAGUUUUUUUCCAGUAAUACUGUGUAUUACAAUGUUAUUACAUAUUUGUUAUGUUUGUGACAUAACUCGAGUCCUGGUACCCCAAUUGCCAAGGCUUCUUUUGAAAGUGGAUUUUGAACAUUCAAAAUACACACACCAUUGCAAGAUACUGUUCCACACACACACACCUACACACACACACACACACACACACCCUCUCUCACUCUGGCAGUGCCCAUACCUGUGAGGUCAAAGUUCAUCAUCUUGGUCCUUCUACUGUACUGUAAUAUCUUUGUUCACAGGCAAUAUAUCCAUAGACUUAAACAUUGUCAACAUUGCAUAAUCUAAAACAACAAUAUAACCUGUUUGAUCUGUAUUACCAUAUCACAAAGGUAAAGAACACAGCCUAACUUAAAGUGGAAGCCACUAUCAUAGAAUCACCACACUCUAUAAAGAUGCAUUAGUCUUCUCCUUGUCUCCUUUCCUUCAUUCACACAGAUUUGAAAGAAACGGACAGGUGGCAAAUAGGCUUCCGCCAUACUGCUUUCACAUAUCCGAUGUCUAUCCUUUCAGAUUAAUGCUGAUAAAGGGGAGACUAGGAAAGGAAGCGUCUGUAAAUUAUUAGGAUGCACCCCCAUUACAGUUUCCCCUACCUUUUGGACCAGACAGGCUGGUGGACAAUGACUUAAAAAGCCAUGAAAAGAGGUUAAUCGACUAUCUGUGAUUUUAUUUUUUGUUUUUUUUGUCUUGAUAUUUUUUUUGUUGAUUUAAAAUAAUAAACUGUAUAAAUGGGAGAGAAAAAAA